UACUGGCGGCCAAAAAAAAAGAAAAGGAAGAGGAAGAAGAACCAGAACGAGACAGGGGUCCUUGCUCCACAGCACUCGACAUGCAUUUGGGCGCUUUCUGGACCUGAUGCAUUGAAAACGCUCGACUCGUCCAAAUGCACUUGAUCGAGAAAACGUCCAGAUGCAUGGAACGUGUUGUGUAUGUGUAGUGGAGCGAGGCCCAUGGUAUGUGGUACGGUCGGCAGAUAUUGUAUAUGGUCGGUAGGGAGUGCGUUUGGGCUCCUAACAAGGUUCAGGGUGGGUCUUGGUGCUGAGCCAUCCCCCCCUAUGGCGUAACGGAGUGCCCCUAUGGCGUAACGGAGUGAGGGAACAGGAGAGAAGACGGGCAGGGGAUAGACGGAGGAAAACGGGAUUUGGAAACGGAAAUUUGGAAACGGAAUUGGUUGCGACAGAUAGCGACGUGGAAGUGUGCGGCAAGGUGCGGCAAGGUGCGGCAAGGAGUGGCAGAGAAUGGAUCGAUUCUUCGGAGCCGGGACGUACUACGGGGAUCCCGGCGUACCGCAUUCAGAUCCCAAGGAUUACUGGUCGGCGUGUGUGGGAGCCCUUGGAUACGUGGGCUUGCUGCUUGUGGAGCCCAUCCCAAUGCUUCAUAAUGAUCUCUUCAAUCCGUUUGAUUUCAUCCUCUGUCAUGAGAACCACAAGAUGAAGAAGGCUGUGAGGAAGAAGAAGCCAUACAAGCCCACGUUCAACAAGCUUAAACCAGAGGCAAGAGAGUUCAUUCAUGAUUUGCAAGAUCUAGUGAGCUGAGCAGUCAUUGUCCAACGUUUAAACCAGGCUGUAUUUUCAGCCAAAAUGUGAGAUACCUUCCUCUUGUUGCCCCCUCAAAACAGACCCGCUGUCUGUAAGAGGGGGGGUGGGGAGGGGGAGACGGGGCACACAUGAAGGCUGCAAACCUGCACCUUUCUUCGCGUGCAUUGCAAUUCAAAUGCAGAUUACAAGCACGAGCGAGCGAGCGAGAGAGAGAGAGAGAGAGAGAGGACCUCGAGCUUCAGGGGUCUGAUUGACGACUUUGGUCACGCCUUGGGCAUAAUCAUGUGGACCACUGAUAAGGCCCAUACAGAAUUUUGAACAUAUCCUGUUUACUGUUUUCUACUGUGCUGAGAAGGGACUCUCUCUCUCUCUCUCUCUCUCUCUCUCUCUCUCUCUCUCUCUCUCUCUCUCUCUCUCUCUCUCUCUCUCGGGAGGCUUGUGACGUCGAAAGACUGCAAAAGUUAGUGUUGCACUCAGACUCGCUUUCACUUCCACUUCGCAUACAUGCAAAUAGACGGGGACAAAAGUAAGUGUUGCAAUCAGACUCGCUUUCACUUCCACUUCGCAUACAUGCAAAUAGAUGGGGAUUCACACUGGCGCACGGCGCCCACAGCAAGCUCAGAGAUAUGGCAACCAAGAACACAGUUCAGAUGUAAACUCGCUUCAACAGACUAUGGCGCGUCGGCACCUGUACAUCACAACACUCGUCACUGUGUUCAACACCACCGUUCACCCACACACACUCACUCGUACACGCUCACUAACCUCUAACACUACAGCGGCUAUGGCCGCUCUACUUCUACUGACUAUGACUACGUUGUCUCUCUUCAGCCCACUUCAUCUUCGGGCAACCUGCAGACCACCUUCGCACAAGACGCUGUAGCAGCGCUUCCGCAUGGCUUACGCAGCGAAUGAAUGAAUGGCUGGGCGGUGCCUCUUGAUUUAUACUUCUGUAACUCGUUGGUCUGCCCCUUUCCAUCGGCCCAUGGUGCACAGUCCAACACGGUACCUUACUUGACUGGACUCCGACUGACUGGGAUUGGUGCCGUAAGUGGAUGGGUUUGCACUGCCAACUCGAUGCGGUCGCACUGCCGACGUAACGCAGUUGGUUCACCACUUCCCGCACUUGCCUCUGACUAAACGUGAGACGCUUCGAAAGGCCACUUCCGUACCUUCCGGAAGGCUGUGGACUUGGCCUUUCGGGUACUGUAGCAGCGACGACCUUGACCUUUCAGGACUGUAGCAGCUACGACCUUGACCUUUCAGGACUGUAGCAGCUACGACCUUGACCUUUCAGGGCUGUAGCAGCUACGACCUCUACAGAGCUGUGACUCCCAAUCGACAGACCUACAGAGCAAACCCCUACUGCUACACAGACCUACGACAGACGACAAACAACUACCAAAACACAGAUCACGGGUUCAAACACUCGGGGGUCGACUCAAUACUGUACAUGGGCAAAGUGAGGUCUGGGGAUAGAACUCUAGGGCCUGCAUCUGUGAC